CUUGACCCCAUCGCGCUUUGCCGGCUGACCUUAUUAUACGCCCAGAUAUAUUUAUUUAUUUGGCUUGGUUGACACCCAGAGAGGACAUCCUGGGAGGAAAUGACUUUUGAAGCAGCCCCGUAUCCCACCUUGCCAUGCUGCCCUGACGCCUACCUCCAGCGGUUUGUGGACACCCCAGGCCAUUUCUCCUGGACGGAGAGUUAUUACCGCUCUACCAUGCCUCAAGGCUCGCAGGCGAGAGAAUAUGGCCGUCCGGAAGUUUUCCAGCAAAUCUGGGAUAUCCUCGAUCAUCAGCCCAUCUGCUCAGUCCAGCCCAUUGACUUGAAUUUCCUGGAGGAGCAAACGGAAAAUGGCCCCACGAACAAAAUCGAGAUCAGCAUGGAUUGCAUUCGGAUGCAGGAUUCGGAGAUCAGAGACCCAAUGUGGCCACAGUAUACAAACCUGGGGCUCCUCAACAGCAUGGACCAGCAGAUACAAAAUGGCUCCUCAUCCACAAGCCCGUACAACACGGACCACGCUCAGAACAGCGUGACGGCGCCCUCCCCUUACGCCCAGCCCAGCUCCACCUUUGACGCCCUCUCACCCUCGCCCGCCAUCCCCUCCAACACAGACUACCCAGGACCUCACAGCUUUGACGUCUCAUUUCAACAAUCCAGCACUGCCAAGUCGGCCACGUGGACGUACUCCACCGAACUGAAGAAGUUGUACUGCCAGAUCGCCAAGACGUGUCCCAUUCAGAUCAAGGUGAUGACCCCCCCUCCCCAGGGCGCCGUCAUCCGUGCAAUGCCCGUCUACAAGAAAGCGGAGCACGUCACCGAGGUGGUGAAGCGCUGCCCCAACCACGAGCUCAGCCGGGAAUUCAACGAAGGUCAAAUAGCUCCUCCCAGCCACCUGAUCAGAGUGGAAGGAAACAGCCAUGCUCAGUAUGUGGAAGACCCCAUCACUGGCAGGCAGAGUGUCCUGGUCCCAUAUGAGCCACCGCAGGUCGGCACAGAAUUCACCACCGUCUUGUACAAUUUCAUGUGCAACAGCAGUUGCGUCGGGGGCAUGAACCGGCGUCCGAUUCUUAUCAUCGUGACACUUGAAACCAGAGAUGCCAGCCCUCCCCAUGGCUGUGAGCUAACAGAUCCCCCGUUUUCUCCAUCCUCCAGCGGGCAAGUCCUGGGGCGCCGGUGCUUCGAGGCUCGGAUCUGCGCUUGCCCAGGCAGGGACCGCAAAGCCGACGAGGACAGCAUUCGCAAACAGCAGGUCUCCGACAGCACAAAGAACGGUGAUGGUACGAAGAGGCCCUUCCGGCAGAGUACACACGGCAUUCAGAUGACUUCGGUUAAAAAACGGCGCACCCCCGAUGAUGAGUUGCUAUACCUUCCGGUGCGAGGCCGGGAGACUUAUGAGAUGUUACUGAAGAUCAAGGAGUCUCUGGAGCUGAUGCAGUACCUCCCCCAGCACACCAUUGAGACGUACCGGCAGCAGCAGCAGCAACAACAGCAACACCAGCACCUGUUGCAGAAACAGAACUCCAUCCAGUCCCAGUCUUCCUAUGGGUCCACCUCUCCUCCGCUUGGCAAGAUGAACAGCAUGAACAAGCUGCCCUCUGUCAGCCAGCUCAUCAACCCACAGCAGCGAAACGCUCUGACCCCCACCUCGAUGCCCGACAGCAUGGGAGCCAACAUUCCAAUGAUGGGAGCCCACAUGGCAAUGGCCGGCGACAUGAACGGGCUCAGCCCGACGCAGACGUUGCCCCCCACCCUCUCCAUGCCAUCGACAUCUCACUGCACCCCGCCACCUCCCUACCCAACAGACUGCAGCAUUGUCAGUUUCUUAGCAAGGCUGGGCUGUUCCUCCUGCGUGGAUUAUUUCACGGCGCAAGGGCUGACCACCAUCUAUCAGAUUGAACACUACUCCAUGGAUGAUCUGGUGAGCCUCAAAAUCCCGGAGCAGUUCCGCCAUGCCAUUUGGAAAGGCAUCAUGGACCACCGGCAGAUCCACGACUUCUCCUCUGCCCCCCACCUCCUGCGUACCCCCGGGGCCGCCUCCGCGGUCAGCGUGGGCCCCAGCGAGACCCGCGGGGAGCGUGUCAUCGACGCCGUGCGCUUCACCCUCCGCCAAACCAUCUCCUUCCCUCCCCGCGACGAGUGGAGCGACUUCAACUUCGACCUGGAUGCCCGCCGCAACAAGCAGCAGCGCAUCAAGGAGGAAGGGGAGUGAGGAGCCGGCCUGUGGCUCUCCCUCUGCCCCCUGCCCUACACCGAUAGACCUCUGGGCUGCUCCUGCCUCUCCCUGCUACUCUGAGAUGGUGCGGGGGGCUUGGAGAGGACGGGGAGGGGGAAAUGUCGUGUGCUCUUCAACGCCAGAUGCAUCUGUCCUUCCGAGCUUGCAGCCUCCACGCUUUGCCGGAAGCGCAGCUCUUUUGUAUUUUCUCGCAAGCCAUAGCUUUCGUUUGUUGGGGCGGGGUGGGGUGGCCUUUGCGGCUUCUGCUCGGCAAGGACUGCAUGUUGUAAGACGUGGUGGGUGUCUGGAGAAACGCGGAUUCCCCCAGUUUUGGCACUUGACCCUUUCCACUGAACUGGACCAGCUACAGUGUGCCCCCGUGUGUGACCAGAUCAAAUCUCCCGUGCCAACAUUUGUAUGGAUCCCUUUCUGUGUGGAUCCCUUUCUCGGGUGCUUGUUUUGAGGGUUUUAAUGAUUCAAUGCCUUUGGGGAGGCCUCUCAUCUGUGACAGCAUUGCCUAGUGGUUGGAGUUUGAUGAUUUCCAACUUUGAAUUAUGACGGCUUAACAACACUGAGGUACGGGGUACGAUGUGCGUUGGACCCCACGACCAGUCUGGCCGUCACAUGCUUUGCAUAGCAGGUUUCCUCCUGGGCAACCUUUCAGUUUAAAUUUUGCUUUUGGCGGUUAGCGAUGGUUUUUCGGCGAGGGUAGUCCACUUCGUUCCUUCACCCCCGCCGAUUCUUCCUUCAGCAGCAAAUGCAAAGAAACUCUUGACCAGGAACCCAGACUGCCAAUUCCUUAACAGAUUCCCUUUGAGAUCACCAAAUAUGCCCGCCCCCCCAUUAUAUCUGGGCUUGCGAAAUCUCCCCUUGAAGCAAGCACGUAAAUACGGGGAGAGUUGCCUCUGUGUCAGAUUUCACUUACCAUUUCAACAAGUGGGUCAUUUGAGGAAGAUCUUGGGUUUUUCUUAACUCCUGACCUGGGUUUCAUGAAUCGCCUUGCCGCAUAAAUGCACUCAGGGUGGCUUCUGUGACUGGAUUCCAGCAGAUCUGUAUUUUCCAUUCUUUCCUUCCUUUCUCCCCACCUGCCUUUCAGGAAAACUAGUUCCUGGGCCAUCUGCUGUAAACAGACAGCACUAGACAAGGCACGCUAGAGACCAUGAAUGCCCAAUGGGGCAGAUCUUCCUGGUGCUUUCAUGCCUGUUUACUAUUCUGUCAUCUCAUUCUACCAUGCAAGAGUCUUUCCCUGAGCUACUUUCCCUCUCCUCAACACAUCCUCGGGCUACAAAUUUCUACUGACAAACCCACUACUGCCAAGUAAGCUCUGACUUCUUGCAGAUAUGGUCCUCUCGUGCCUAGAAUGCAGUCAAAGUACAUUUUUCAUGUAAACAUUGUAAGUACAAUUUUGUUUUAUGUAUAAUUUUGUCAUGUACUUGGUCAAUCAUUUAUUGAGGGGUGGGGUUUUUUUGAUAAAAAAUGUAUUUCUCUUUAGGGUUUGGGGCUUUUCAGAACCACAUUUUGUUUGCAUUUUUUAUUUUUUUUAUUUUUUAAAGAAAGAAACAAACCACACCAUUUUAUGGGAAAGGCUUAUAUCUGUGUAAUGACUUUCAAAGUGUUUGUGAUAUUGACCUUAAUGAAUCACGAUUACAGAGAGGGGGGGAGUGAUUGCAAAAAACCCCUCUCUCAGGGGGAGGUGGGGGGGGAAGCACCGAGGGUUGACUUCAAGAGUCCUAGAUUUCAAAAUAAGUUCCUUUGCUCAGUUUGAGUGGUACACAUCCACAAGUUCUCCGUGACUUGCAAUAAGUAUUAAUUGGAUGAAAAGCACUCUGUUGUCAAUAUCAUUGUAAAUAAAAACAGAUUACAAAAACAACA